AUAGGAAUGUUAUGUAUUUCAGAGAUACGUUUGACAGUUUUCUGCCCUUUGCUCACUGCAUAUUAUGCUAUAAGUGGUGUGGUAGGCCUCUAGUAGAUGGAGGAAAAUGAGUGGUAUCGCCUGGGGUGCAUUCAGUUCGAUUAAACGUAUGCUGCGUUUCGUAACUGCUUGUACUGAACGACACGGCCCCACGUUCUUGAACCGGUUCUUUUUAUAGCUGCUCAUGUCUUGAACAAACUUGGUGUCAAACUCAUUCCACAAAGGCCUGACUGUCUGCAAGUUUUCGCUCCACCUUUGUACUUGAUUGAAUUAAGGUCACAAAUUAGUAAGGAAAUAGCCUCACCUGGUCGUAUUGGUUGAAAAUAAUAAACGCUUCGGCUCGCCGUGGUGAGUUUGAUACUCCGGGACUAUGAGGUGCGUUUGCGCCAUUUGGAUGUUGUGUCUGGAAGCAAUGAGUGACUUAUUUAACGGGCAGCGGUGUAUUUUCAAUCCACAACCCAUCCCCUCUUUUUUUAAACUGGUCGUUCAGAACAGCACCUUUUACGUUUUUUUCGUACUGAACGCAGCCCAGUGAAUGGCGUGGAGCCUACUGGAGAGGAAAAGCUUCCUGUCAACAGCCUCACCCAGUCAUACCGGAGGGCGUAGAAGAGGGGAUGGCAGAAAACAGCUCCGAUACUUGUGGUUCCGUUUAUCGGAGGUGUUUGACUCAUUCUACCGGGGAAAAAACCCACUCAACCAGUAACGGGGCAUCCAAAUGGGUUCGAUUGAACGUGGGGGGAACGUAUUUCUUAACAACACGACAGACGCUGUGCCGAGAUCCGAAAUCAUUUCUGUACCGACUGAGCCAGGCUGACCCCGACCUCGACUCUGAUAAGGAUGACACUGGUGCCUAUCUCAUAGACCGAGACCCCACAUACUUUGGGCCGGUACUGAAUUACUUGAGGCAUGGCAAGCUGGUGCUCAACAGGGAGCUGGCAGAGGAAGGUGUCCUGGAGGAAGCCGAAUUCUACAAUAUCACAUCAUUAAUAAAACUCCUCAAGGACAAGAUCAGGGAACGAGACUGCAAAACAUCACAGGCUCCAGUGAAACAUGUGUACCGGGUGCUGCAGUGCCAGGAGGAGGAGCUCACCCAGAUGGUGUCCACCAUGUCUGACGGCUGGAAGUUUGAGCAGCUUGUCAGUAUAGGUUACGGGCGGGCCCAGCAGUCAGAGUUUCUGCUGAUUGUGUCAAGGGAGGUGAAGGGGGAGGAGUCUACUUUCCCAAGCCACAGCGGAGAGCUGGUCAGCAUUGGAUCCUCUUAUAACUACGGAAACGAGGACCAAUCUGAGUUCCUGUGUGUCGUCUCCAAGGAGCUGCACAACCAAUCAUAUGGCCCAAACAGUGAGCCCAGUGAGAAAGCCAAGAGCGAGGACGAAGAGACGGAUUAUGAAAUGAAUGACUCUGAUUAGGGUUGAGCACUUAUGACUCAACGAUUCUUCAGGAGAGGGGAUCCAGGAUGUGAAUGAUCAGUAUUACUAGCACCAGGUAUAGAGUACAAUCGUGUGAGUCAUAAUGCCCAUAAAACCUAACAGUCAAACAGGGAAAUGGUUACAAUUGUUUUUCCACCGUUCAUUUUUCCCAUAGGGGAAAUUUUUAGAAACACUUAAAAUAAGGGCUGUGUUUUGUGUAGGCUUACCCUGGGGGUGAUGUUUUGAUAACCGUGUAAGUCUCUCUAGGACAAGAUGACUUGUUUAUCAAUAUAUUUACCCACGAAAAUAUUAAUCGACUUAACUACUAAUGUCGCUAUCAUAAAGAACAAAUACGAUGGGGAUCUGGAUGAGACUGCUGAAUCGAGGCAAAGGUAAGUCUCUGGAUGAACUAUCUAAUGAUGGCUAAAUGUAGUAAUAAAUUGGCAAAAUGACUUAAACUUCACUAUUGUGUGAACUGUCUUGUGCAAGUUUUUGAAAUUGACACAAUACCUGUUUAGCAAAGGUUUUCAGCUAGAGAUGCUGUGCAGGAGCUUGUAGGGAUUUGUAGUCUUGCAUGUCGUCUACUCUGAUUGCUAGUUAGCAUUUUUGAAAUAUGAGAGGAAAUAGAACCGACUACAUUGAUAAGUCACCUUGUCCGAGAGGGAUUUACAUGGUCAUCAGAACAUCACAUCAAGCCUAAACAAAACACGGCCCUUUAUUUUAAGUGUUUCUAAAAUCACCUAUGGGGGAAAAUGGUGUGAUUGGUGUGAAAGCGAUUUGAAACCAUUUCCCUGUUUAACGGGUAUUAUGACACCUCCACUGUGGGGCUCUAUAACGAUGCAAACAUAUCCUUGACAAGGAAGAACCUGUCACACAACGGAGAAGACAGUUAAGAGGGACGUACGUUUGUUUGUUUUUUCCUCCCAUUUGAUUUUAUAAUGUAAAUAUGAGUCUUUGUGCCUGUACAGUUACACUGGACCAUUUUUGAAUUAGUGGCGAAUUUCUUCUAACUAAAAGUGAUGAAUUAUAAUGUUUUAUGCUAUAAAACAUGGCCAUGGUCAUACACGGCCAAUGAUUCACUCAGGGGCUACUUUUGAGUUUUCGUUACCUUCUCACGCCAGGAUCUGAAGGGUUUAUGAUGAGCAAUCUAUUAUCAAGCAUAAACUGCUAAAAACCUGUACUGUCAGUAGUAGUAGUAGAAGGUAAUUACGCAUACUUAUUGAGAAAUUUGUCGCAAAAGAGACCGGGAUUCUUAAUUUUGUUUUCAAACGAGUUUAAUGCUUCCUUUUCUGGUGUGUCCUCUGUAUUUUAGAUGGGACUUUCUGUUUAAAGCAUUUAUUUGUGGGUUUAAGAUAUUUUUGAGAAGGUUGGGGUUUGCUAAUGUUUUGGAAGGUAACGGUGAAGGAAUAUAUGUUAAUAUCCUUAGGUUUGUUGAUGUGCAUAAUCUAAAAAGUGAAUUUAAUAUUUAACUGUUAAACUGCACGUUUUGUACACUGUAUAGUUAAACACAACUUAAAAUGUAAGUUGUUGUACUGGAUCAUAGCUAGAAAGUCUUGACAAUUUAAAUUGAUAACUUGAGUUUUGCAAUGUUUGUACAUAGGUCUCUGCAUAUUAAGACUUGUAAAUCGAGGUUCAAAUGGUUGAUGCGCUGUUUUACUUAGAAAACACCUGAAAUCUCUUGAUAUCCAAUAAUACGGGCAAUAUACCUGGGCUCAGACAUUGACUGUUAUGUUGUAAAAAGAUGUAUUUGGUCUUGAAAGGCUACACAUUAUUUGAGACAUUUUGUAUUGUGUAGACCACAGCAUUCCAAGCUCUAGUUGGAGGAUGUGUACAUUGCUUUCCUUACACUGCAACACCGUUUUAAGGGUAAAACCUGCAUUUCAGGAGACUUUUUAUACCAAAAAAUGGUUUCUGACCGGAGAUGCGGUACUGCUCAACUUUUGAUAGUGUUUCCUUUUCCCAGUGGUGACCAAAUCCAAUGUCUUAUGUGCCGCUUAUACAUGAACUCUGGAACUCUGGUUGCAGGCACACGCACCCUGUAUGUGCAGCAGGAAACACAUAUUGACCCACAACUAAUUUCACACACACUCUUUCCAUGUAACAAACUGUUUUAUAUCAUUAAAGGUGAUUGGAUGGA